AUGAGUCAAGACUCAUCAACAGCAGAGACCGCGUACAGGCCUGCAGAUCCCCUCGCAGACACAGACACUCUUCCACCUGCUCAAAGCACGUCGCUCAAACGCAGAGCAUCGCAAUCCUUCACCUGCCCCGACGAUUCUAUCAGCCGCAAGAGGAUGAAGGAAGCCAUCCCUGAGGGCGAUGAUAAGGCUACUGGGACUGAAAGCGGGGCUCCGGACGCGAGUGUAAGCUUCGUAGAGGUGCUCGCAGAGGAGCUUCAGUGCGGAUGUUGUUCGGAAUUGGUGUACAACCCCCUUCUUGUAAUGCCUUGUCAACACUUCUUUUGUGGCAGCUGCGUUGUGCUUUGGGUUCGCCAUGGGGGCACAAGUUGCCCUGCUUGCCGUGGCCUUGCGACGGUCGCAAUGCCCUUCAGAGCUCUUCAAACCGUCAUCGAUUCCCUCCUACGCGCCGCGCCACAUAAGGCAAGAACUGAGAGGGAGAGACAACAAGCAGAUGAAGUUUACAAACCUGGUCAUUCUAUACGCAUCCCACCUCCCCGAGAAGCCUCCCCCCCUCCUGAUAUGGACAGAAGUACAGAAUACGUACACCCUUGUCCACACUGUGUCGCGAACAACCCAUACGACUGGAGAUGCCCCCAACCCAUUCCUGACCCAGCUACUGAUCUGGAACAUGCCUGGCAUGUUGACGAUGGAACGCCACCGGGACAUGGGCACUGCGGAAAUUGCGAAAACUUGCUUGCAAUUCGCGCCCCGACGACUACGAGAUGUGACCUGUGCCUUGUGUCAUUCUGUGGUAUCGGCGUUCAAGAACGGUGUUCCGCCCUGCCGAUCAUGUCCCAGUAUCCUCAUAACCUGGCCACCCACACCGACUUGAUUCAGUCAGCGGAGGUGUACGACUGUUUCGAUGGAAAUACAGUUGAGACGGAGAUUGUGCUGGAGUAUGUCGAAGCGCAGGGGUUGAGUCCUCGUCAUAUUUAUCGCGAAAUCGUUCAGCACAUUCAGAAGCAACCACGAGGUUUCCAAGCCCUCAUCGAUCUUGAUCUUUUUAGCGAUAUUCAUGCGGUCGCGCCUUCAGCGGAGAAUAAUCCUGAAGCGUCUAGAAAUAGAAUUUGCCGGCCCUGCGCAGCUGAAGUCUUCCUGUGGGGAUUAAAGGACUGGACUGCCCCGAAGGAAGCAGCUGCAUUCUACAAAAAGAUGAUAUUGCUCAUGCUCAUGAAUGUAACGAAUCUUCCCUCUCCAGCUGUGCCUCCAAGAAUACCAACACCGGUACCCACCCCGUCGGCAGUGAUACCACCCGCAAGCCACCCACUUCCCUUACCUCUUGCGGCCUCGUCCUCCGCCACUUCCCUUUCUUUCUUACUCAACGUCGACGAGGACGUGGCCAUGCUGCCGUCCCCUCCAGAAUUUCGGCCCCCGACACCUGAUAUGAUCGUGGACACGCUGCAGUCAUAG